AUGGAGACUGGAAAAAAUGGAAUGGAAGAAGGAGAUAAUGAGAUUAUUGGAAUAGAUCGAGUCAAACUUCAUUUGCCAUUGUCAUUUCUCCGGGGCUUAGAGAUAUUUGGAAGAGGUGACUGGAGAAGUAUAUCGAGGUACUGUGUGAAAACAAGAACGCCAGCGCAGGUGGCUAGCCAUUCCCAAAAGUAUUUCCUGCCCCUCGAAUCCGUUAACAAACCAACUAGAAGAGGAAGACCAAGCAUUCUCGAUCUAACUAGUGCAGAUGCUGAAACCUCGGGAGUUUCACAAGAAGUGCCGAGCACUAACAAUGAUAUCAGUCAUCCUGUCACUAGAAUUGGGAGUGACCUUGAAGCAUUAAUCAGUGAGCACAUGGACGAAAACAAUGAUGUAAAUUCCAUUUUUUAUUACACAGUUUCUAGCUUAGGUGCUAUUAAUGCACCUGAGAACAAUGCUGCUGCUAGCCUUAGUGCUAUGAAUGCACCUGAGAACGGUGUGUCUGUUCCUGCUCAGUUACCUUCCUUCGCCUGCUCAUCAAACUUUGAUUUUUGA